CGGUUCACACGGGAGGACAGCCCGACACACUGGCGGCGGACUUGACAAGUUUUGCUGCUUUUGGUGGAAUUUAUUUUCAACAUGGCUGCUACGAGAAGAUUGCAAAAGGAGCUCGGCGACCUGAGGGCGUCGGCAAUGAAAAAUUUCACGAACAUCCAAGUAGACGAGUCCAACAUCCUCACCUGGCAAGGCCUCAUACUGCCGGACAACCCACCAUAUAACAAAGGUGCAUUUCGCAUUGAAAUCAACUUUCCUGCAGAAUAUCCUUUUAAACCGCCAAGAAUAAACUUUAAAACAAAGAUAUAUCAUCCAAAUGUAGAUGAAAAGGGUCAGAUAUGUCUACCAAUUAUAAGUGCUGAAAAUUGGAAACCUGCUACAAAAACAGAUCAAGUGAUCCAAGCGUUAAUAGCCUUAGUGAAUGAUCCCGAGCCCGAACAUCCAUUGAGAGCAGAUUUAGCUGAGGAGUUCCUCAAGGAUAGAAAAAAAUUUUUAAAGAAUGCCGAAGAGUUUACGAAAAAGCAUGCCGAGAAGAGGCGAGAGUCAUCAUCUUCUAACGAAUAACCCCGAGUGAUUAGCUUUACUCAUUGCCACUAUUACCACCACCACCACCAUCAUCACCACCACCACCACGAUGCCUGUCGCGCGUCAGCUGAUUCAAACGCAAGCCAAUGUAUACCUGUCCGUUACAAUCCCCGUGGAAUCUCAUAAGGUUCAAGUUGAGAUGACUCUGUACAGUAUUGGUUAACACCGACGAAUAUGAAUAUACGCAAAUUGUAAUGUUUAUAAGAAGUGGGAUGAACUUUCCAGAGUACAGUAAAUUAUGAUAAAUAACUCUGUAUUAUAUUGUAUACAAUUUAUAUACUUGAAGUCAUGCGCAGUUAUAUCUUUGAUUCAGAGGAUCGUUACAUUCCAGCUUGAACUUGUAGGAAUGUACACGAUGAUGAAAACGGUUUGACAUAUAGCCGUCAAUGAUAUUUGUCAGAUGUAGCAACCUAUAUAAUACAGUAUAUAUAUAUAUAUAUAUAUAUUAAAGUACAUAAUUUCCAAUGUCAUUUAAGAUGUUAAUUUAUAAUCACAUUUGGAGAAUAGCUACCGCUUUAUAACUGUUACUAAUAUUAAGACUACAACUAAUAAAAAAGUCGACUAUGUUUGCUCUCAAUUCUUCAAUUUUUUCAGUUAACGCUAAUGUAAUUCGAUCUUCGAUUGUAACGUAUUAAUUAUUAAUUUUUACUCGUCAUGUGAAUUUAAUAUUUUAUCGAUUCUGCAUUAAGUUAUUUUGAAAGUAUUGUUUAACGAUGUUUCCUAUUUUUAUCUUCCAUUCUAAAUAGUUGCAUUUUCGAUAUUAUUUCGAUAUUCAAGUGUUUCUUAAAGUUUUGCUAUUUGUACAGUUCCUGUACAGAAUUGUCUUGAAUCGCUUUGAUGUGAAAACCGCUUAAUAUAAAAUUUGCGUCAUGUAGCAUUCUCUUGCGGCAAUUACCAGGAAAAGUAGGGAUCGAGACAUUCAAACAGCGGAGCAUCAAAUUUGUUCUUACAUAUAUACUGAUAACGAAAAGAGUAGGCACCAAGAUUAAAUAUAAUCAAACGAAUCGAAAAGGAGUCUAGUCACUUUUGUAAUUUGAUUAUUGCAACUUUCAAUUUCCAUAAUGAAUUUAAAGGGCUAAAGAUUAACAACGCUACGUAAAAAUUACAUAUUACGUAAUUAUUGAAAAUAAAAUUAAUAUUUGAAAAUUAAUAUUUUUUUCCAUGUCUUUAGGAUAUUUCGAUGUGGGCAAACAGAUUAUUACAAUAUCUAUGUAUUACUCUAUGUAUAAUCCUACAUGUAUAACGUAAAUUUAAAGUCUCGAUCGCACUGAAAUGCGAUAUGUCUUCUUCGUGCUGUGUGCUGUGUCUAUUUCAUACGUGUAUAAGAUUAAAAGCUAUGGUCUCAGACAUAAUUUAUCACACUGAUAUGCAUUAUUUCUUUCAUUCAAUAGAUUUUUAUGUAAGAAUAAUUUCAAAUUUUUCUUGCUGCGCAGUGUUGUUUCCUAUUUACACUUCUACAAUGUUUAAACAUUUGUCAAUUUAUGGUGUCAUUUUGAAAAUUGUAUAAAAGAGCUAAUAAGAAAAUUUUAAUUUUAUAGCUUUUUUUAUAUUGAGACAUGUAUGAAUAAACAGAUUUUAUAAGAUAGUAAUGAUUAAAAACGUUGCAUAAAACAGAAUUCCUCUUGAAGAACACAUUGAAUGUUGCGAUGAUGUAACUUUAGUAACACGUAAAAAUUAUUUUUAUUUUAUGACAAUUACAAUAAUGAUGUGAAAUUAUAUUUGAAUUGCUUUCGUACAAUUCUACAAAUAACUUUUGCCCAAAUACUAUACCCAGAUUCUCAAGACAAUAAAGCAUAUCAGAAUAAAAGUCAUCAUAAUCGUUGGUGUAUCUCAAAGACUGUAAGAACAUUAAUUGAAUACUAUCCGUUACACCUACUGGACAUAAUUCAUUAUUAAUAUUAAAACUAUUGAGCGCAGGUAUUAUAUUCUUACCUCAACUGAUAAACUUUGCAAUCCUAUUAUUGUAAAUCUUCACAAGUAGCUUCAGCAUUUAUUUUAGAAUUAUGAAUGAGCAUGAUCACUUAUGUAUAUCAUAUAUAUGUAUAUAUGAUAUCCGUUUGGCUGUAAAUAUAUAUUAUUCUGACAUAGUAUAUAUAAUAUAUGUAAAACACUUUUCAUGAGGGUAAUUCGCAGGUAAACUGGAUAUUUUAUAUUUGCUUGGCGUAUUAUAGAUUUGUAUAGAGAAUAAAUGUGUAUUGGGUGAAUGUUUCAAGAAUAAUAAAUGCUGUUAUAGGAUUUUAA